AAUGGAGAAAGUUAAUAAAUUGCAAGAGGGUACUGAAGAUACAGAAUCAUGGACUUCUCAUAUCAACCUAACAAAGAAGAGCAAGAUUUUCCUAAAGCCCAUAUCUUGGGGUUCUGAUAAGAACUGCACUGAAUACACUUGCAGAGGUGAUCAAACUGUACAGGUCCUAAGAAGGGUAAAAGGAAGUCCCAAAAAGAGAACUAAGGUGAAGAAAUGGAAAAACCAUACCAUUCCUAUGUGGAGACCUAAGGAGGAAAGUGGAGAAAUACCAAGCUCUGGAAAAAAGAAGAAAAAGAAGAAAAAAUCCAAACAUGAAAGAAACAAAAUGCUACAGGACAAGCUGAAGAUGCUGUGGGAUCAAUAUACUUAUCUACAGAAUGAGAUGAAUAUACUGUGGAAUCAAUAUGAUCAGCUGCAUGAUAAAGUGAAGACACGGGGUCACCAUGAUAACCAGAUGCAAGAGGACACAAAUAUAACACAUGAUCAAAACCACAAGUUCAAAGAGUUGGUGAUCCCACAAUUUGAUCAAGACAAACAAGUGAAAGAGGAGAAGAUCAGGAAUUACUAUCAAGGCAAACACAUAAAGGAGGAUAAGAUCACACUAAGCCAUGACCGGCAGGUACAAGAGGAAACAAUCACACAUUUUGAACAAAAUAAGCAAGAGGAGAGGAUGACAGAAUUUAAUCAAGACGAGCAAGUGAAAGAAGAGAUGGACAGACACUACAAUCAAGACAGGCACAUGAAGGAAGAUUGGUUCACACGACUCAGUCAUGACCAGCAUGUACAAGAGGAAAUAAUCACACAUUUUGACCAAAAUAAGCAAGAGAAGAUCACACAAUUUGAUCAAGCCAAACGAGUGAAAGAAGAGAUGAACAGACACUAUAAUCAAGAAAGACAUGUAAAGGAGGAUUGGUUCACUCUACUCAGUCAUGACCACCAAGGACGAGAGGACAUGACUACACAUUUUGACGAAAAUGAGCAAGAAGAGAGGAUCACACAAUUUGAUCAAGACAAAGAAGUGAAAGAAGACAUGGUCAGAAACUACUAUCAAGACAGAUAUGUAAAGGAGGAUAGGUUCACACUACACAGUUAUGGCCAGCAAAUAGAAGAGGAAAUGAUCACACACUAUGACCAAAAUAAGCAAGAGGAGAGGAACACACGAUUUGAUCAAGACAAACAACUGAAAGAAGAGAUGAUCUGGUGCUACUAUCAGGACAGACACAUAAUGGAAGAUAGGUUCAUACUACUCAGUCAUGACCAAGUUGAAGAGAACAUGAUCACACACUUUGACCAAAAUAAGCAAGAUGAGAGGAUCACACAAUUUGGUCAAGACAAAAAAAUGAAAGAAGAGAUGAUCAGGCGCUACUAUCAAGACAGACACUUAAACCAGGAUAGGUUCAUACUAUGCAGUUAUGACCAGCAAGUACAAGAGGAAAUUAUUACACACUUUGACCAAAAUAAGCAAGUGCAGAGGAUCACACAAUUUGAUCAAGACAAACAAGUGAAUGAAGAAAUGAUCAGACACUACUAUCAAGACAGACACAGAAUGGAGGAAACGUUCAUACUACUCAGUCAUGACCAACAAAUACAAAAGGAAAUGAUGACACACUAUGACCGAAGUAAGCAAGAGGAGAGGAUCAUGCAAUUUGACCAAGACAAUCAAGUGAAUGAAGAGAUGAUAAGACACUACUACCAAGACAGACACAUAACGGAGGAUAGGUUCUUACUGCUCAGUCAUGCCCAGCAAGUACAAGGGGAUGUGAUCACACACUUUGAUCGAAAUAAACAAGAUGAGAGGAUCACACAAUUUGAUCGAGAUAAUCAAGUGAAAGACGAGAGGGUCACACUUUGCUUUCCACACAAGAGGGUGGACAAAGAGAGAAUCACCUUCUGCUCUCCAGAGAAGCUGGUUAAUGAGGAGAUGCCCAUCCCCUUCUAUCCACACAUGCACCUGAACGGAAUGAUAAAUAUUCUGCAACUACAACAACUAGUGCCAGGAGGAUAUAUACACCAACCUAGCACAGGAACAAAUAUCCACAGCUGGCUCAAUCACCUUCACUGUUGGCAUCAAUAGUCUUAAAUCCCAGUGCACAGCCAGUGACAUCAGACAUAUAGUCAUCAAACUGUUUUAAAAUGCCUAAUUACAAUACAUUGAAUACUUCAAUGAUAUUCACUGAGAACUGUG